AAAAGCUCCUUUUGCUUCCUCUCUUAUCCUAAAAGUCCCCGAGCGAGAUCAAAGCAGUACCGUGCUGUACAGUAGGUAGUUUAUGAAAAAUCGACGCAUCCGUGAACAUUAUCGGGCCCCGCUGACGGGGCGUGAUUUCUAGGCCUAAGAUCAGAGUGUACGCGAGGAAAGAGUUUUUGAGUCACCGUAAACUGCGCGGUCCAAAAGAGCAGCAAACAAAGAUAAGAAAGUAUAAAAACAUAUGCGAGACUAAUGAUUCCUUAGUGACUGAGCUGAGAGCCAAGCGUCCACAUCUCAAUAAAAGUACUUCUGCAAGAAUGGUCGAGGGGCAGAAUUUGGAGAGCCAUGCAGCUCAGUGCAUCGUAUACAGCAAAAGGACCGCCAAAUUAAUGAACUCGGUGGAGCUCACAUCAGACGGAAAAACAGCCGGUUUACCAGAGUACACUAAUCUAAAACGAGCCGGAGAUGUUGAAUCAGGGAUGGUCAAUCGGAUGAAGACUGGUCGACAGCGCUUCAGAUGGAACCUCAUAUUCAAUGUCUUGCUGUGGAUCCUCCUCCCUUUGCCAUUAUGGUUGCCCUACUUGACACAACAUUUCGGGGUUAAUGUCAUAUCGUAUUGGGUUCUGCCCAUCAUUCAAGGGUGCUUCAUGUUCUUUUGGAUUGUGGUCGGCAUAUUAGCCAUUCGGACCACAUGGAUCAUGUUCAGGAACAGGAAAGAAGAUUUCCGAUCCAAGUUGACAACUGCUCAAAAGAACCAGAUCCAUCAUUUGGCCGUAAUCUCGUGCUAUAAAGAGCCCGUUGAACUUAUUGCGAGCACCAUUGAUACUUUAGCGCAACAAACGGUCGCAUCCGACACAACCAUGGUUGUGUCCUUCGAGGAGAAGACUCCGGACCUUCGCAACAAGCAAGGCCAACUCUGCGAUCUUUUUGGGCAGAGAUUCCAGGAGAUCAUCUUUACGAUCCAUCCCUUUGGUCAGGAGGGCGAGAUUCCGGGCAAGUGCUCCAAUGCCAAUUGCGGGAUUAGAACCGCCCUGGCCCACGUUAAACGCCGGGAUCAGAACGCCUUCAAUCCGGCUAACAUCCUUAUUACCACAUGUGACGCAGACUCCAAAUUUCAUCCAAGGUAUCUGGAAGCACUUACCUACAAAUACUUCAAUACCAAGGAUGCCAUUACCGGAUGCAUAUUUCAAGCUCCUCUCCUGUACAAUUGGAAACUCGACGAGUUAAGUGUGGUCACCAGGGUGACUGGAUUGGUCCGCGCUUUCCUAAUGAUGGGAGCCAUGAUCCCUUUCAAUAUCAACACCAUGUCAAUAUUCUCAUUUUCUGCCUCCUUGUGCAUUGCUGGAGACUUCAUUCAUCCUGGUUAUCAGAUGGACGACAUCAUUGCCUUGAUUCGGUGGAUGGGAGUGUGCAAGAAGCGUAUUCGAAUUGUGAUGAUUCCCUUGCCCAUUUUAUCGGGUCCAACCACAGGACGUGUUUUGGAAGAGGAGAUCGAGGAAUGGGCCAGACAAGCGAGACGAUGGACCAUAGGAGCUGCUGAAGUGUUCCAUUACUUUAUGGUUAAAUCCAGGAAUAUUCCAUUUUUUAGUGCUCUUUCCUGGGGCAUCACAUUCUUCCUCUACUAUGUUGUCAUCUUAUGCUGUGCCUCGUUGUACGGGAUCGUCUUGGGCGUGUCCAUCGGUUUCAUCAUGCCUACUAUGGAUGGAUUUCCGACAAUUUUGACCUAUUUCAAUUAUGUCAGCUUAGGUUUUAACUAUGUAGUGUUUGCUCUUAUUUUCGUGAUUGAUGUUUUCACCGUGAAACUCACGCAGCCUCGAAUCUACGAACGGAUUUCUUUGGUCAGAAAUAUCUUCCAAUGGAUUCUCUCGCCUUUUGUGCUUAUCGGGUACUCAUUGGUAGAGUUAUUUGCACUUCACGAGGUUAUGAUACGAGGCAAAAAAGUGUGCAAACACGGAGCGAGCAAAAAAGACAAUCUGUAGCUCGCACGAGUAUAAUAGGUCGCAAAUCUCUAAAGGAAAAUAUAUGAUCUCUUAAUAACUUACUUAAACAUGCAUUGGAUCCAUGUCUGCCCAAUUUGUCAUCCAUUAAGACUCCCACAAAUCAUGUUCGUACACUACGGAGCAAUCAAGAAUGCCAAUAAACUAUUAGUCUUGAAAUUGU